AUGCCAAUAUUAGCUCCAUCAAUUCUGGCAGCUGAUUUUUCAAACCUGGAACGUGAAAUAAUUGAAGUGUGUGGCGACGCCGUAAAUGUUCUUCAUGUAGAUAUUAUGGACGGUCAUUUUGUGCCGAAUAUAACGUUUGGUCCAGACGUCGUAAAGGCCCUGAAAAAAAAGUUUUUUUGCAAGUAUUUCGACUGUCAUUUGAUGGUGAGUGACCCUAUGAAAUGGGUGAAAUCAUUCGCUGAAGCAGGAGCUAACUGCAUUACUUUUCACUACGAAGCUUGUAGCUCAGAUAAAGAAAUUAAAGAAAUAAUCAGCGCAAUCGUUGAUUUAAACGUUGAUGUAGGGAUAGCGAUCAAUCCAGACACUAGUUUAAGCAAAAUAGAAAAUUUGUUAAACGACAACAGAAUUCAUCAUAUUUUAGUGAUGACUGUUAACCCCGGAUUUGGAGGCCAAAAGUUUAACACCGAAGCGGUUAAAAAAGUUUCGGAAAUAAAAAAAAUUAACUACAAGAUUUUGGUCGAAGUUGAUGGCGGUGUAAAUUUGCAAACAAUUGAGUUAGCAAUUGCGCACGGAGCUGAUAUCAUAGUUGUAGGGAGUGCUUUGUUCAACGCAACCAAUCGCAAAGCCACCCAGCUUGAAUUUCUCAAGUUAUUAGAAAAAGUAACAUGCUAA